AUGGGGUUUAUCAAUGGCAAGGCUAGCAGUAAGAAGCAAGUGACAAUUGAAGAAAAGAACCAAGAAGAGCUCAAGGAGAAGGAUGAGGAACCACCAGCUUCAAAGAAGGGGAAGCAGAUUAUUGAGGAACAUUCACAAGAACAGAGGAAAGAAGUGAAGCCUUACACUCCUCCUCAAUCAUAUCCUCAAAUAUUGCAAAAGGAGCUCAAAGAUCAACAGUUCCUAAAGUUUUUAGAAGUUUUUAAGAAGCUAGAGAUCAAUAUCCCACUUGCUGAAGCAUUGGAGCAAAUGCCUCUAUAUGCUAAAUUCCUCAAAGAGAUCAUCAACAAGAAGAGAAACUGGAAUGAGAAGGAAAUGGUGAUCUUAACUCAAGAAUGCAGUGCAGUAAUCCAAAAAUGGCUCCCACCAAAACUCAAGGAUCCUGGGAAUUUCAUCCUAUCAUGCAUCAUAGGCAAUGUGACUUUGGAAAAAGCCCUCUGUGAUUUGGGUGCCAGCAUUAAUUUGAUACCUCUUUCAUUGAUGAAAAAGCUUUCGAUAGAUAAAGUCAGACCUACCAGAAUGUCACUCCAAAUGGUUGAUAGAUCACUCAAGAUACCAAAUAGAGUUGUGGAAAAUUUGCUGGUGAAAAUAGGAGAAUUCAUAUUCCCUAAUGAUUUCGUCAUCUUAGACAUAGAAGAAGAAGGACACAACUCAAUUAUCUUAGGAAGACCUUUCCUAGCCACAGCAAGGGCUAUAAUUGAUAUAGAGAAAGGAGAAAUGACCCUCAGAGUGCAUGGUGAAAAGAUGAUCAUCAAUGUCUUUAAAGCCAUGCAACAUCCACCUGAGAAGGAAAAGCAUAUGAGGGUGGAGAUGAUAGAAGAAUUGGAGGAGGAGCUACUUGAAGCCAAUGAAUGGGAAGAGGAAACUGAAGUGGAACAAGACAUCCUAGAAGAGGAAGUAGUAGAAGUCUCCUUUGAAGGCAAGACAGAACAGAGGCCAAAAUAA